AUGAUCAUCGACGGUAUCAAGUUCACGUGCGAGACCUGCUUGAGGGUCAGUGCGCUCGCCUUCCUCUCUGUCUCCGCUGCGUGCUGUCCGCCGUCCGGGCCGCGUCGUCGUGUUCGCUGAACGGCGGCACGAUCCGCGCGGCGACUCGCUUGCGUGCGGAGCUAGUGGGUUUGGGUCGCAUGGGGGGCGGUAACUGACGAUCCAGUUCCCGCUGCAUCAUCUACAGGGGCACCGCAGUGCCAAUUGUCCAGAGGCCCACGGCGAUCGUCCGCUCACCGAGGUCAAGAGUACGUCCAGCUCUUGGGCCCUCUCCCGGAUGCGACCUCGCGCCGGCCACGAGCUGCCACGAGGCGCGCAAGCUGACGCUCGCGUGGGCUCCUUUCUACCAUCAGAGAAAGGUCGACCCAAGACGCAAUGCUCCAUAUGUCAGCGCCAUCGCCAGGAAACCAACACUCAUAUGAAGUGCCACUGUUCUGGCGAGGGCAAGUUCGAUGGGGCCCAUGAGCAUGAUUCAUAUCCCACCGCUUGGACUGACCACGGUACGACGUUCUGCCGAAUCUGCAUCACAGAACGCCUUCCGCCCAUUACUCUACCGAAUGGAGCAACAGAACUGCUCAACAACCCUUCCUUCUCGCUGUUGAGGCGCAACCCAUCCCAAGUCUCGUCAAGCUCUUCCACGCGUUCAUCGGCCUCCUCGACGGAUAACCCACACGAUACGAGCACCCUUGGGCGCAAGAAGAGCGUCUCGGGCAGUCGCAAGAAGGACUCGACCGCCGCGAGCAAGCCCCACAACUUGGCCCAUGGACAUGAAGCCACGACGACUCACGUAGCCCAUACCUACUCGCCGUACCCCGUCGUAGGAUGGCACCCACCGCACGGUCACUCUGCCUCAACGCGCGCCUCCUCUUCAGCCUCCUCUGCUUCUUCGCGCAAACCUUCCCCUUCGACGAGGGCCGAAUCAAUCUCACCGCAGCCCGCAGUCUCACCGCACGACAUAAAGCCGUCCCCGAGCGAGCUCUUUCCUCAGCAAAGUCAAGUGUACAUUCCCGCGCCUGCGCAUAUCGCCCGCGAUGCUCCUAAUUUGGAGCCGAAAGCCGAAGAGGACACUUCCGAUGCCGCGGUCGAACGGAUCCUUGCCUCGCUCGACCCAAGUUUUUGGCAUCUGGCAGACAGCCCACAGGUGCCUGGACCGCCCCCGCAGGAGAAUGCGAUCGCCUACACUCCAACGUCUACGAAACCCCCGAGCCACGCAUGGCAGAUGCCCCUCAGCGUUGAAGAGCUGCAGAACUGGGACUUGAUGGGUGCAGGUACACACGUCACGCCCGACCCGUCGGUGAUCGCCAACCCCAACGUUAUCAGUAGCGAGAACGGCUCACACCCCCACUCCGCCUUCGGCAGCGUGAAUGCGCCCUUUCAGGUGCCCUCGAGUUCUUGGCCCUCGUCAGCUUCGUCGUCAGUUGGAGGCAAUGGGAGCGUCGUAUCUUCUCCUUCUCAAGACCGACCGGUUUGGCCCGCUCUCGAGCUCGUGCCGACGUUUGACACGGAGGCUCAGAUCGAUCGAUGGCGCCAAGUGACCGAUUUCGAAGCCAACGACUUUGUGGAUCCUCAACAGGGGCUCAUCGAGCGAACCACUUCGUUCGAGAUCCCAUCCAAUAUGGAAGCCCUGUCAGGCCCACCAUUCUCAGUCGCCGAUGCUUGGACGACGACCCCACUCACACAAGCUUCGGUCACGUUCGCCGAUGCACCCGUCCUGUCCACCCGAGCGUCGUUCGAGGAGACGCUUUCGAACCAGAACUUGGGUGGCUUUGACGAAUCUAGCUCCUCCCUCCGCAUGGAUGACCGCUGCGAGACCAUCACACCUUUGUUCUACGAAGUUGCGGAUCCCUACGCUUUCAACUUUGAUGGCUCUGCAGGUGGCACCGGCUCGAUCUACGGUCGCGAUCCGCACCCUUCAACCUCGAGCGGAGGCUAUCGCCACGAGCACGACGAGGACUUUUCCUACCCUUCCAGCGCAUCGUCGACUUUCUCCUCCGCCGCGUCCUCCAAAGCCGCUUCGUCGGUCGAUCCCUCAGACGAUUACUCGACGGCUUUCAACGAUUUCGACGCUUCGACCCCCUUCAGCACUGAACAUGAAGCACGAUCGAAUCUCGAGAUUGCGUUGAGCGAAUUCACGUUGGGGAGAGGAGGGGAAGGAGCGAGGAACCAGCAGUUCGAUCAUGAUUUCGCGGCGAGGUCGGCGAGUGUGGCGGCGGAGAUUGCGGCGAGGCAGAAGGAGAUGGAAGCGCUUGAUCAGGAGGACGGGUCGGAGGAUGAGGAAGAUGGAGAGGGGGAAGAAGAGGAAGACGAUGACGAGGAAGAUGAAGAGGAUGAAGAUGAAGAGGAUGAAGACGAAGACGGGGAGAAGGAUGAAGAAGAGGAUGGAAUUGAGGAAGAAGACGAGGCGGAAGAGGAAAUCGAGGAAGAUCGACAAGAGAAGGAGGCGGCGCGUCAAUGGCGCGCUUAUCGCGAAGAAGCCGAGGAAGCGGUGAUUAUGCUCAACGAAGAUGGCGACGAGUUCACUGAACCACCGCUGGACGAUGAUUCACUGAAACUUGGCGGGAUCGAUGUUUCCGUCGACGGGGGGCUGGAACCGGCGCGAUCAAGGAUGAUGAUCGUCUCAGGGGGGCAUUUAGCAUUUGAUGAUGUACACCAUACCAUAUCUCUUCAGAAUAGAUGUUGUCGUUCCCGAGCCAUUACUUGCCAAUUGCUUGAGCUGUAA